AUGAAUAUCAUCGAAACGCUCUUUGGGCGCACAAUUACACCCGCCGAGCGGCUGCGCCAACACCAACGCGCCCUCGCAAAGGCGCAGCGCGAGCUCGACCGCGAGCGAACAAAGCUCGAGCAGCAGGAGAAGAAGCUCGUCAUGGACAUCAAGAAAAGUGCCAAGGCAGGCCAGCUAAACGCGUGCAAGGUCAUGGCCAAGGACCUUGUCAGGACACGGCGAUACGUGCACAAGUUCUACCAGAUGCGCACACAGCUCCAGGCUGUCGGUCUCCGGAUACAAACACUAAGGAGUAACCAGCAGAUGGCUGAAGCUAUGCGCGGUGCCACCCGUGCAAUGGGAGCGAUGAACCGCGGUCUCAAUCUGCCUCAAAUUCGACGCAUAAUGAACGAGUUUGAGAGGGAGAGCGCUACGAUGGACAUGAAGGAAGAGAUGAUGUCUGACGCAGUGGACGACGUCAUGGACGAAGGCAUCGAAGAUGAAGAGGAGGAGGGCGACAAGAUCCUCAAGCAAGUGCUAGACGAAAUUGGCGUCGAUCUGUCGCAGCAGCUCGCAGAGGCACCCAGUGGUCUUGCUGUAUCCUCUCCUCUUACAGAAGCACGGCAGGCUGUUGCACUCGGCGAAUCAGGGCCAGCACAUCACACCGGUGGAUCAAACAACCAAGGGGGGGAUGAUAGCCCCGGUGGUGGUCUUUCGGACGAAGACGCACUACAAGCUAGACUCGACGCACUGCGGCGAGGUUGA